UAUUAUUUCUGAUGAUAAACGAAUUCUGAAUCCUUAUUAUUAUUAUGCAUCUUUAUAUGAUGAUAAGAUGUUACAUCAGGAGUUUAGGAUUCGGGCAAAACGAUGAUAGUCCGUCGGCGCGUUCGGUUGCUUGUUAUCGAUCCAUAUUUACCGUGGCGUAGGUGAUGGAUGACAAGUCUGUUUGGCCCCCACAUAAGAUAUUGUGUGCGUCACAAGAGAUUACGUUUAUCCAGUUGAUGGUCCCGACCGCGGUCGGCAUGCGUUGCAAAGCUCGGGAGGGCGGGGCGGGGGAGAAGAAAAGGAAGGUAAAUAACAGCAAGACAGCAACCUAUAGACAGAUAUAUACGGGAGUAGAUCAGCUGGAGGAGGCGAAGAGGAGGAGAAGGGAGAUGAGGAAUCCCUUGGGGUCGUUGGCUGCGGAGGAGGGGCAGCAGCAGCAGCAGCAGCGGCGGGGAGUGUCGACGCCCACGCCGUGCUGCAGCAAGGUGGGAAUGAAGCGCGGCCCGUGGACGGCGGAGGAGGACGAGGUGCUGGCUAGCUUCGUGAGGAGGGAGGGGGAGGGGCGGUGGCGGACGCUGCCCAAGCGCGCCGGGCUGCUCCGCUGCGGCAAGAGCUGUCGCCUCCGCUGGAUGAACUACCUCCGCCCCUCCAUCAAGCACGGCCCCAUCACCCCCGACGAGGAAGAUAUCAUCCUCCGCCUCCACCGCCUCCUCGGCAACCGGUGGUCGCUGAUAGCUGGGAGAAUACCGGGGCGCACAGACAACGAGAUCAAGAACUACUGGAACACCCACCUCAGCAGGAAGCUCAUCAAGCAAGGCAUAGAUCCCCGCACUCACAAGCCCUUCACCUUCUCCACCAAUCCCAACCCGACUCUGCCAUCAACGCCACCACCACGUCAUCCUACCGCGAACCCCGAUCCCACACCUUUUGCUCCUCCAGCACCGGUCAUCACUGGCGGCGGGUACUUCAACGUGGGAUGCCAGAACAGCGAGGAAGGGAGGAAGGGAGCCGAUGGCUGCACUGUUGAUUUCUUCUCUGAUCUCUUUGAUCCCUUCAUCCACGAUGACAUCUUGAUGCAGCAGCAUCACAAUGCUGUCAACAAUCACACUGAUAACAGCAACAGCAACAACAAGCUCGUUGAGAUGCUUGAUCCUAUGGGUGCAUCACUGGUUCCAAGCUUUGGGUUUGAAGGUCUGUGGGAAGAUCCCUUCACUUACUUUGGUUAGCUUGGAUCAAAGGUCAUGCAGGCAAGUAAAUCCAGCUAUCUUUUCUGAAUCUCGAGAACUAUGUGUUGUGUUGCAUAGCAAUUCAGCAAGUUAAAGGUGUUCAUUAUGUCCAAUGGAUUAUGUUCCGAUUCCAAAUAUUGUCUUAUAUAUGUCAUUCGAAACCUUUGAUGACUAUUUUCUCUGUAAAAUCUAUUAUUCGUUCAAAGAUUUCAUUGAUUUCUGCA